ACCCGGGCUGGGCCUCCAUCAACCGCGGUGUGCUCAUCUGCGACGAGUGCUGCAGCGUGCACCGCAGCCUGGGCCGCCACAUCUCCAUCGUCAAGCACCUGCGGCACAGCCCCUGGCCCGCCACGCUGCUGCAGAUGGUGCACACCUUGGCCAGCAAUGGGGCCAACUCCAUCUGGGAGCACUCGCUGCUGGACCCGGCGCAGGUGCAGAGCGGGCGCAGGAAGGCGAACCCGCAGGACAAAGUGCACCCCACCAAGUCGGAGUUCAUCCGCGCCAAGUACCAGAUGCUGGCCUUCGUGCACAAGCUGCCGUGCCGGGACGAUGACGGCGUCACCGCCAAGGACCUCAGCAAGCAAUUGCACUCCAGCGUGCGGACAGGCAACCUGGAGACGUGCCUGCGCCUGCUCUCGCUGGGUGCUCAGGCCAACUUCUUCCACCCGGAGAAGGGCACCACGCCGCUGCACGUGGCCGCCAAGGCCGGGCAGAUCCUGCAGGCAGAGCUGCUGGUGGUGUACGGCGCUGACCCCGGUGCGCCCGACGUCAAUGGGAGGACGCCCAUCGACUACGCCAGGCAGGCGGCUCAGCACGAGCUGGCGGAGCGGCUGGUGGAGUGCCAGUAUGAGCUGACCGACCGGCUGGCCUUCUACCUGUGCGGCAGGAAGCCGGACCACAAGAACGGGCACUACAUCAUCCCACAGAUGGCAGACAGCCUGGACCUGUCCGAGCUGGCCAAGGCGGCCAAGAAGAAGCUGCAAGCGCUCAGCAACCGCCUGUUUGAGGAGCUGGCCAUGGACGUGUACGACGAGGUGGAUCGGCGCGAGAACGAUGCGGUGUGGCUGACGACGCAGAACCACAGCACAUUGGUGACCGAGCGCAGCGCCGUCCCCUUCCUUCCUGUCAACCCUGAGUAUUCAGCUACCCGCAACCAGGGCCGGCAGAAGUUGGCCAGGUUCAACGCCCGGGAGUUUGCCACUCUGCUCAUCGAUAUUCUGGGGGAAGCCAAGCGCCGGCAGCAGGGCAAGAGCCCGCUCAGCCCCACGGAGGCCCUCGACUAUUCACUGAGGAGCCAGAGCGACCUGGACGACCAGCACGACUACGACAGCGUCGCCUCCGACGAGGACACAGACCAGGAGCUGCUGCGCAACGCGUCCCGCAACAACCGUGCACGGAGCAUGGACUCCUCUGACCUGUCCGACGGCCCCAUCACACUGCAGGAGUACCUGGAGGUGAAGAAAGCCCUGGCCGCCUCCGAGGCCAAAGUGCAGCAGCUAAUGAAGGUGAACAACAGCCUGAGCGAUGAGCUGCGCCGGCUGCAGCGUGAGAUCCACAAGCUGCAAUCAGAGAACACGCAGAUCCGGCAGCAGGCGGCGCCCCCGCACCCCACCCCAGCCCCCAGCGAGCGCCCUGAGCACGGGACCCCCCCCGGCACGGCCCCCCUGCACCGCCGUGACCGCCAGGCCUUCUCCAUGUACGAGCCGGGCUCGGUGCUGAAACCCUUUGGGCAGCCAGUGGAGGAGCUGGUGACCCGGCUGCAGCCCUUUGGAGGCGGCGAGGUGGAGGACGAAGCUCUGUACUCCAUGCACAUCCCGGCCAGCGUGUACCGGAUGCGGAAAGGUCCGUCGGUCUCCUCCAUGCCCUUUCCCCCGUCCUCCCCGCUGCUCUCCUGCCCUCCCGACGGUGCCCGGCACAUGAGCAAACUGGACCGGCACGGCAGCGGCACUGAUAGCGACUAUGAUAAUACACAGACAGGCGAGAUCCUGCUGGGUGUGGAGGGGAAGCGCUUCGUGGAGCUGAGCAAGGACGAGGACUUCCCACACGAGCUGGACCCGCUGGACGGGGAGCUGGACCCCGGGCUGCCCAGCACAGAGGACGUCAUCCUGAAAACCGAGCAGGUCACCAAAAACAUCCAGGAGCUGCUGCGGGCUGCGCAGGAGUCCAAGCACGACAGCUUCGUGCCGUGCUCAGAGAAGAUCCACUCGGCAGUGACGGAGAUGGCGUCGCUCUUCCCCAAGAAACCGGCGCUGGAGACGGUGCGGAGCUCCCUGCGCCUGCUCAACGCCAGCGCCUACCGGCUGCAGAGCGAGUGCCGCAAAACCGUGCCGCCGGAGCCGGGCGCAGCCGUGGACUACCAGCUGCUGACACAGCAGGUCAUCCAGUGCGCCUACGACAUCGCCAAGGCGGCCAAGCAGCUGGUCACCAUCACCACCCGCGAGAAGAAGCAGUGAGCUCCGACCCACGGCCUCUGCUCUCCGUCUCCUCCCUCCGGUUUGGGCUGAGUGCGGGCGGCUGUCGCAGCAGAGCUGGUGCUCGGCCCUGGGGAGGUGCCCCCGUACAGCAGCCCCAGCCCGCUCCUAACUUAUCCUGUACAUAGCGUGUGCCAUCCUCCUGGGUGGCCACGUUUUCCCCCCCCCUCCCCGCGGCCGCGCUCCCCCAGGGCCGCCCGCAGCAUUACACUGGACAGGGGAUGCCUGGAGGCCUUCCCCAUUUUCUCCCCUCCCGGGCGUCCUGCCCCGCGCCGCGCUGCCUCGUGUAAGAUGUGUCCUUGUACAUUUGUAUCAAUAAAGAUGUGAGCGUUGCACGG